GUUCUUCUAAUUCCCAAAGUUUUUUUAAUUGUGAAUUGAGGUACUCGUGCGAGACUUCCUCAACUUGAGUUGUCAAUGUUGUGACCGCAAAUAGUCCACUUAGGACCCAUCCGAAAAUGGUAUUUUGCGCCAGAAGUGUAUUUGUGAUUUUCUCAAUACCUUAUCUGUGGUAUGAGAUCGCUGCAAUGAUCUGUUUGAGCGGGGGUGUUGCAGUUUGGGUCUGCUAGCUUUAGGUGUGAAACCUUUUCCCGAUGCUUGCUAUUUAUAUGAUAGCUUGGUAGUAUAUUGGUUAAUUGCGGUAACACAUAGUUUUUGCUUGUAUGCGCUUAUCCGUUUGGGGGGAAAAGAGGGUAAUGGGUCAGAUUUUAUUUGAGUUUUGAACAACUCUUCCGCCCAUUCCCGUGAUUUCAGAAUUGGCCAGUUUUGUUGGCAACUGUAGCCUGUUUUGUGCCCUAGACGCAAUAAAUGAUCGUUGUGAUCUUUGAUCCUGAGUUUAAACAGCUCUCCUCGGUGUUCGAUGGAGACAACUGCUGUGGAUAAUAGUACCCUACUGUAACUUUCGCUAUGUAGCGUUUGGGUUUUUAACGCCUUGAGCCGCAUGGUGCUUCUUGGCAGUUUUCAAAAUUUGUUAUUACAACUAAUCCUGUUGCUCUUUUGAAGUUUGCGUUGUUUGGGGGUGAGCUGGAAUAAUUUGUUAUAUGUAACAUUGAAUGAUGUGUUUUGUGGCAGUAAACGCAAUUAAAUUUGCUUUCGCAAUCUUUAAGCGUAUGCACAUGUGGCAAACAGUUGGUACAUAGUUUUUUCGUUUUUACAAAAUUGUUUCGAUCGCUAAUAUACAUUUUUUUUUAAUUUUUCGCACGAUUUGAGCUUGUGACCUCCUCUACAAAGUUCGCAUGACGUUUGUUUAUAUUGUUCGGAUGAGAACGAUUGGUUUUUAAAAAAGCUUAUAUUUGAAUUAUUGUGGCUACUUGCUUGGCGUCUAUUGAAGCUUCUAUUAAGGUCGUUUUGAACGUUUUUCAUUCUGACUAUUUUUUUAUCUGCCCUUUCUGCAAUUUCAUAUUGGAUAGUAAGAAAUUCUUUCAUUUGCUGCCACGUUGGGCACUUUCUUCGCGAUGAGAGCGAUUGCUCCCAUUAAAGUAACGAUUUUUCUGGUAAUGCAGCUGUGCAUAUAUUUACCAGAAUUACUAUACUGGCACUUUAAGGUGAAUGCUUGAACUUUCCUCUUGGGCUUGUCUUUGUGGCAGCUCUACUCUCGGUUGUGGAGUAGGUGCAAUUGAUUUGAUUAGUUUUAGCUGAUCAGAGAUCAUGGCUUUUGUCUCUUCGAAUUUGUCUAAGCAAUUUUCGUAUUUUGAGCAAGCCGAGGAUUUAAAAUUUUCUGGUAGAUCUGAGUCGUCAGAUUCUAUGAUUGCGUCAUAUGCCGUUGGCAGACGUGUCCAGAAGUUGUCAAGAUUUUCUUUUUUAAUUUCUAAUACCGAUUCAGAAUUAUCUUGAAUCGGUGAAGAUGAGAAUCGAGUGCAGUAUCGAAUUAGACUGUAACUCUCGGAAAUAAAUUUGGUGUCUGAAAUAUCUUUCACCCUUUUUUGUUUUGUAGCACCUUGCUUUGAGCGUGGGGCAUCUGCUGGUGUACACAGACUUUUUUCUUCUGAAAUCAUCUUUGGAACUUUUAGCAACUGAGUUGUUCUGGACUUCUUUGAGUCUGAGCUCAUUUAAAAGAUGUAUAGAAUAAAUCAAAAGGUCUUAGUGAAAACUAGACUUGUAGAUGUUUAGAAAAAGUUUCGUAUAUAAAAUAGAAGACUCUUUUGUAUGUGAGAGUUUCAAAAAAUUAAUAAAACGAGAUUUCAAAAAUAUAUUCGUAUGUACAUAUAUGUUUUUAUAUGAUUAGACUAGAACUCUUUUAAAUAAGAGUUUUGAACGAACUUGGUAUGAAAAGAAGCUUUACGUAUUUGAUAGUGUGUGUAAUCGCGAACUCAUUUAAGUUAAUAAGAGUUUUGAACGAAAUGUUUAGACGUGAACUCUUUUACGUAAAUAAGAGUUUUCCAAAUAAAAUAAAAUAUUACCCGUAUAUAGAAUAUCGCUUAAAUUUAAUUUAAUUAUUUUUUGUUGACCGGAAAUAUUUUAUACGUAUUAUUUUGAAAAUUUGGGUGCCCAACUUAGUGGAAGGCACACCCGUCAGUCACUUGCACUCGCGUUAUAUUCUAUCUAUGUGAGUGAAAAUGCGGUGGAUCUCACAUAGAUUAUAUGAAAAUUUUAUUUUUUAUAACAAAUUCUUCAUCCUUUUUGUUGAGUGGGUUGAUUGAUGUAGAAGUGUGGUGAGUUGUGUUGUGUGGUGAUGUAUGAGUAUGGUGUCAUCGGAUGUGGUGAGUUGAGCUGUUCUAUUAGGAUGCGCCAGUUUUACCUAGGAGAGGAGGUGGAUGCUUAACUAAUUUAAACAUCCUGGGCCCCUAGGCGAAUAUUUUGCCUAGUAUUCCACGAAUAUGUUAUUGUCUGUAUUUUGGCGUACUGCCGGUGGAGUAGCCGAGGCGCACAAUACAUUCUGACAACAGAAGUCCGUAAUGUACUAACAUUUAUCCGGGUGUGCAGAGAACGGAUUUUGAUUUAAAACAUAACACACGUAUUUUGUAUGCAUUUUAAUUUGCGUGCAGGUAUUUAAGUGAAGCAACUUUAUUUUGCGUGUUUAUUGGAUUUUGCUUUUUUUAUGACUCAUUAUUAUGCUUUUAUUCAUUUCAUUAGAGCUUAUUUAAAAUUUCAUAUUUUAUCGGUAUGGUAUACCGGUCGUUUAUUAUUUAUCUUUUCUAAGUUAUCGGAUUAUAAAAGAGUGUAACUCCACGCCAGGCUCAGAUGUGGCCAGAAUGGGUACUCCUUAGCCCUAGAUUUAGGACUAUGAAAUUAGAGCAAUCUUGCGAGAGAAUGUCCGAGAAUGGAGAACGGCUUCGAUUCAUAGAGUAGAAAAUUCUCCAUAAUUAAGAUGAUGCUUCGUAGAGCUGACCCAUAUGAGGAUCGCUUGGAUAGAUGUGAUAAGAGCGACCCUUGCCUUUUGUAAGUGUAGGAGCGUCACUUUAUCGCAUUGGGAGUAUGGUGAUCCCUUAACAUUCUUUUGAGAUUUUAUUUAUUUUUGAAAAUUAAUGAAAACGUCGAUUUUUUGACUUUUUGAUACAAAUGUGUUAUAUUUAAUGUACAUUUGCAUACAUAUGCACUAAUUUGGCGUUUAGUAGCUUACCACCGCUCUAGGAUUUGUUCAGAAUUGUUUUUUCAUUAUUGGCGAAAGCCAUCCUGCGGGGCCGAAAAGUUGUAUGUGCUUUUACUAUAUGGGCUGUCAGAGGUUACUCUGACUUUGUUUUUUAUACCAAUGUGUGGAGUAUUGGAAAAUUGUUGGCUCUAGUGGUAGUCGUACGACGUAUCGGCCAUUAUUUGAUCUAGUAGUUAUGGGGGGAAGUUUCCUUAACUUUUGACAUUUCCUUAAUUGUGAAUUAAGAUAUUUGUAUUUAUUAUACUCAACUUGAGUUGGUAUGGUGGUGACUAGUUCUGUGACUAGUCCAUUUUGUGAUUCGCUGUGCAGCGUUUGAGAUUUUUGUGCCUUUGAGCAGCAUGAUGUCUCUUUGCAAUUUUUAGUAUUUUGGUUUUCGGCAUUUGCUUUUGUAAUUAAACCCGUGGUUCUUUUUGUGAAGCAUUGAAUGGUGUCCUUUUUGACAAUAUAAGCAAUUAAAUUUUCUUUUGCAAUUUGUAUAUGUAUGCGUAUGUGACAGACAAUUUGUGCAAAGUCUCUUUGACCUGACAAAAUUAUUUCGUCCGUUUACUUUUAAGUUUUUUAACCGCUCGCAAGAUGUAAGUUUAUGCCCUAUUUUACAUAGUUCGCAUGACGUAUGUUUUCUUUGUUCAAAUGUGAACGAUUGCGUUUUGUGAAAGUUUUUGUUUCAAUUUUUUUUGUUACUAACUUGGGGUCUAUUUAAGUUUCCAUUUUUGUCGUGUUUAAUGUUCUUAGUUUUGAUUAUUUUUUCUUCUACCCUUUCCGUAAUUUCAUAUUGGCUGGUGAGAAAAUUUCUAUUUGUUGCCACGUUGGGCACUUUUUUCGUGAUGAGAGUGAUGGCUCCCAUAGAAGUAACAAGUUUUCUGGUAAUGCUGCGGGGCAUAUGUUUACUAGAAUAGGGUCUCAGCUGUCUGUGGGGAUAUUCAGUGUCGAUAGAACCGUCAGCAAUUAGAAACAGUGGAUUCUAGUUUGAUGAAUUCUACACUUGUUUCUUUUUUUAUUUUUGGCAAGUUCAUUAGUGUCGUUACUUGUUUAUCGACCAAUGUUCUUUCGUUUUAUUAUUCAUAGGUAGUCUAGGAAGAUGGUAGUGAAAUACAAAGCACUUUUGACAUAAUACAGCAGUUCAUAUGUGAUAUAUAUAAUGUUGGUACGAUAAUUGAUGUUGAUGCUGCCCGUCUUCAAUUGUUUAUUAAUAAUUAUACGGUCUGCGAUGUUAAUGAAGCGUUUCGGCGAAAAAAAAUAUGCAAUUUUGAUGGGAACAGUCUGCCACCCUGUAAAUCAGAGCUAUUCCAACAAUUUCGACGUGCUAAUUAUAUAUCCAGCAUUUGGAAUAAUGCUCAUAAGAAAAUUCUAUCAAUACAUGAACCAGCAAACAAUGGUUGGGUACAAGUUAACAGCCAAUACAAUUUUAAAUGGUUUGAAGGCGAUCAGUUACCGAAUUUUGUCAGUGAUGCACUGCAAAUUACAUCAGAAACUAACGAAGAAGAUGACACUGACAAUGAGCCAGAAGAAAUAUGGUGCAGCAGUGAUGAAGAGUAUGAAGAAAAUUACGAAAUCAAUAUUAAUAAUGAAAGCUAUGAAGAAUGUUUAUAAUUUUGUAAAUUUCAAAAGAAACAAUGCGCUUCUUUGAAAAUUUAAAUAAAUAUUUCUAUUAAUUAGAUAUGAUAAAUAAUUUCUAUAGCCUAUAUGUCGUAAUUACAAAAGAAAUAUUUUCAUUCCUUUUAUGUAUUAGCUAUGCAAUCAAAUUUGAAUGAGAUGUUUAAUUUCGCAUUAAAUUUACACUUUAUAUAGUAAUUUACCAAAUAUGUUAAUUUUUAAACUUUUAUUUAAUUAUUAAGUCGUAAAUAAUUACACAAUAACAUCAUUCGAUCGCUCCUGACGCGCUAUCUCACUCGCACCUAUACGAUUGUAUAUUGCCUCGCGCUCGUACCUAUACCCUUGGUAUUGGGACCCAAUAUGUUUGUCUGGCCUAGGUAGGAACUGUCGAAACUGUCUGGCAACUGAGAAAACAUCUUCUAAUAGUCACCCAAAUAACAUGUAUAAAUUUUAACUUUUAUACUAUAACGAAAGUAGAAUUAAAAUUUAUUAAAGUUUUAGGGCGUCUGGCAAGGGAUUGCCACCAUAAAAAGUGUCUGGCAAUAAAUAAGAUGGUUUGUAAUGUUAUUCCGAAUAACAUAUUAAAAAAUUACGCUUUAUAAAAUAACGAAAGUUGGCUGUUAUUUUAUGCACCAGUCCCACCCGCUACCCCCCAAAGCCACGAUGACUUGAAUUUCACAUUUUGACAUCGUUCUUACCUAUGUUCAAAGCAUACUUCAACAAACUUUCAGCUUUUAUAAAAUGACGAAGGUCUGGAUGUCACGGGCUCUUACUCUUUAUGUACGUGAUCGUAACGCUUCUAUCGUAAUCUGGCAUGAUGAGAUACGUGAACGAGUAUAUGAACGUAUCCGUUCGUUCGAAUCGUCGUUCGAACGCAAACUACCAAUCGUAAUAGGCAAAUUUAUGGAAAUGUCAGCAAAACUUUUUUAAAUUUUAAUUUUUUUCUAUAAUUUUGAGUAAUAAAGAACAUAAACAAGAUACCAAUGGAAAAAAAAUGAUUUAUGUGAACAAAUUUUUUGUACUUUACUUGACAAUAAAAAUAAAAUUAUUUACAAGGUUAAGGACAUAUCCAUUUUUGAAUUAAAUUUAUUUAUUUGGCCACUUGACGUUUGGUCUCUUAACUUAUUGUAAAUUUUAUGCAGAUGUUAUGUAAUGCCUCACAAACGUUAGCAAAUCUUCCACUUUUCUGCGGUGAUACCUUCCUCUCUUGCCAUAUCCUAAAAUACUCACCGUCUUUUCAAGAUUCCAUUGAUUUGUUCAACGAUGUAGAUGUCUACAAAGAAAAUUUUAUUAAUGAGAAUAAUUUUUUUCGUACCUACGCUAUUGCUACGAUCUCCUAACUAUCUCCGCACUAUUUUUUAUGCCUAUCAUUUUCAUACGAUAGCAAACGGAUCGUAAUGUAUUUUCAAUUCACAAUAGCUUUUAAAUUCCACAUUGUUUUGGAUCGUAUUUUUAGGUCACAAUAGAUAUAGUACUGUCAAAACUGUUGAGAAAUAAAAAAAAAAAAAUAAAAUUUUCUUUGUAGAUGUAUCGUUGAACAAAGCAUUGAAAUCUUAAAAAGUCGGUGCAGAAUUUUAGGAUAUGGCGAGAGAGGAAGGCAUCACCCACAAAAGUGGAAAAUUUUCAAACGUUUGUGAGGCAUUAAUCAUAAUCAUAAUCAUCAUAAAAUCUGCAUAAAAUUUACAAUAAGUUACGACCCUCAAAAUUGCGAUUCUUAUCACACACAAGAAAUGGACACCGGGAUAGCAAAUCGCAUCACCGCAAUCGACCAAACGAUAAGAGACCAAAUAAAGUAUUCUUUAAUAAAUUUAAUUCAAAAAUGUGUAUGUCCUUUACCUUGUAAAUAAUUUUAUUUUUAAUCUCAACUGUUCACGCGUGACACUAGUAUACUUACUUGAUGCUUAUGUGAAGUAAAAAAGCACUGAUCUUUUGUAUCACACUCAACAUAAAAUAUUUAUUUAGUUUAUUAGAACAGCAGGAUAUACUUGAAUAUAUAUAUUUUUUUCUGUUUUCUGCGAAACCCACUGUGCGACACUGCUGGCGAAACGUCACUCCGGCACUUGGCGCUUUAACAAGAAAAAGAAAUUGCGAAGGGGACGGUUUUGGAAAAAUGAAUAGUUGUGGAUAGCAAAUGAAGAAACUGAAUAUCGCGGACGACUGUCUUGUUUCACGGAUGAAAACGGUAAGAGGGCGAUCCCGGUCCGAUCAAUCCCUUUUGAUAGUUUGGGUGGUGAAUAUUAGAUGAUUACGAGUCGUCUCGUUGAUAAUCGUGUGGUUGCUGUGUUGUAGUAAUGAGCGAUGUUAAGUACUGUGUGUGAUGAGGUGUUGUGACGUGAUGUGAUGUGACGUGAUGCGAUGUGAUGUGACGUGGGAUGUUGCAGAACGCUCAUAACUCAUGUGAACAUCCCGUCCCCCCUAGGCGAAUUAAUCGGCUAGGAGCCUCUGCAGCUGUUGCAGUGUACUGAGAACAUCGCUCAACCCUGUUGAGCGUCGUUGUUGCUGGCGAUGAGCAUGGCGUGGCGGAGAUGGCCGUGAACUUAUUGUGGUUGAUUGGCUGCUUUGUCGUCGUGGGAUAGAAUCACUGCGUGGUCUGGCAUGUGUGUUGGUGCGAUUUUCCGACGGAUUGGCUCGGCGAGGAAAUCGAUGAAAUAGAGUGUGAUGUGGUCUUUGGCAAUAUUGACAGGUGCCGUCGGCCCAGCACUCUAUGGUGGCGUGGUCAUCUGCCAGGCAGGUCAUGCAAUGCCCGUGGGCUCUUGCAACCUGUUGUCGUUGAGCGGGCUUCAUGCUCUUAAAAAUGGCACAUCUUUUCAGGGAGUGUGGGCGAUGGCACAGGCUGCAACAUGGAGGCCCCUGUGGCUCCAAUAACUGCUCUUCUCGUAUCUCCCUGACUGUUAUCUGCACUUGCAACAUGUUGCUAUUUUGCUGGGCCAAUUAAGUCUAAGAUUUGAGAUAUUCGGUUAGAUGACCUAUGUAUCUAACCAGGUAGAGGGUGGUUUUUCUAACCAUGCUAAACUUAUCUCUGAAUCUGACCAAAGAUACAUUUUAUGAUCGUUUAAUUUGAGAUGGGUUUGGAUUAUUGAAAUUAAUUUUGUUAACAGAAGAGCACCAUUCAGUUCAAGCCGUGGCAGACUUAGUGUCUUCAAAGGUGCAACUUUGGCUUUGACUACCAAGAGGUGUGAAGAUAUUUUGUUAUCGUACUGAGUGCGUACGUAAACUGUUGCGCAAUAAGCCUUUUCAGAUGCAUCACAGAAACCGUGUAAUUCUGCGUUAAUGUCAGGGGUGAAUUUUAUUCAUCGAGGGAUUCGAAUUUCAGAUAUAGUAUGUAAAUUGUUAGCAAAUUGAACUCAUUUCGCUAAACGUAAAGGUUUUACCUGUUCAUCCCAUUCAGUGCCAUCUUGCCACAAUUCUUGAAUGAGGAUUUUUGCUUGAAUUAUUAUUGGCGAAAGCCAUCCUGCGGGGUCGAAAAGUUUUGCCACCGAGGAAAGUAUUUGGCGUUUUGUAAUGGCGGACUUUGCAGAUAUUGACUCAAUUGUAUAUGAGAAUUGAUCUGUUAUCGCAUUCCAUUGAAUUCCUAGAGUUUUAGUUGUACUAGCCUUUUCAAAUUUAAGGAAGUCUGUAUCUAAUAAGUCUUCUUUUUUAAUGUCUUUUAUUAUAUCAGGGUGAUUUGAAGUAAUUUUCUUUAGAGGGAAACCUGCUGAAUUUAAUGCUUUGAUCACUUGCGAUAGUGAUUCGCAUGCUAAUGUGAUACUGUGGCUACCUGACACUAUGUCGUCCACGUAUGUUUGUGUUUGCAACACAGAAGAUGCUAAAGGCAAAUUUGUUGCAUUUGUUUUUGCCACUUCUUGUAAUGUUCUAAUGGCCAAAUAGGGUACAAAAUUGAUGCCAAGGGUGACGGUUUUAAGUUUGUAGUCGCUGAUGGGAUUAUUACUUGAUUUGUGGAAGACUAUACGUAUAUUUUUCAUAUUGUGAGAGAAUCUCACAGAAUUUGGAUUUUGCCAUAUAAUUUUUUUGAUUAGUUCGUAAGUUGGGACAAUCAAUAUCACAAGAAUAUUUAUUUAUAGGUAUUUCUUUUUUUGGCAGAUUAGUUAAGUAUUCUCAAUUUAUGGGGGCAAGCAGGCGUUAAGGUAAAAUCUUUUGUACUCUGUGGCGCAUCUGCAGUCCUAUAAGUACUAUCCUUUACAGGUGUUAUGUAGGUUAAUCCAUUAAAUGAUACGAGUACCUUAUAAAGUAAGUUUUCUCCGUUUACUUUGGUCGCAUAAUUCUACUAUUGUAAGUGAAGGUCUGUGAAGGUAAUUUAAAUAAUUUUCUUAGCCAUUUUUCAAUACUUUGCAAAACAUCAUUUUUCCGUCCGUUAGUUCCACCCUCUAAAUUUAAAUUCGCUUUAAAAAAAGGAAUAAAUUUCACAUGACCUUGACAUAACAUGAGAAAAACUAUUUGCGCAACUUGUCCUUCCAUCAACUACAUUAAUAAAUUUAUUCACAGUAUCAUGUAUGUAAUUGCCGCUUAUUUAUUAACACGAUUAUUUUUGGAUGCCAAGUUAAAAAGCAAAAAAAUUGUGCAUGUUCUUUUGGAACUGGAGACAAUGUUAUUAUAGUUGACAUUUCCAAAUAUUAUGCAGAAAUUAACUAUUUCACUCUGCAAGGGCUGACGCCUAUUUACCACUAGUUUUACGGAACCUUCCAAUUUGACGGAAUAAAAUAGUCUUCAAAGUCUUUUCAUCGAUUUUAACCAUUUUGCGUCGUAAAUUAAUCUCUUCUUCCAAAUAGUUUAUACACACCAUGUUUUCCAAAAUCUUCUACUUUUCAGGUUCGUAUUUCGUAUAUGUACCUUAGGGUGUUUCAAAAAAAAAGUUUUGAAUUUUUUAUAAACUCUUAUCCUCUUAUGGUAAUUAUUAUUGCGAAGCAAAAAUUAAUUGGUGAAAUUUUAGAUUAAGUGAAAAAACGAAAUUAAAUGUAUAGGAACCUGAAAAAAAUAGCGACCUAUCACUAAUCACUAAUAUUUGAGGAUGGAGUCAUGUGUAGAAGUUCACGCAAGUGAGGAAAGUUCUCUGAUCGCCAUUCACUUGGGAGUGGCCAGAAACGAUUCUUUUACAUAUGACUCAAGCAGCUCACGACUUCCGGUCUUUGACCAAGUAUCCUCUGGGUAGCCUAAGAACAUCCGUUCGAAGGCGAGCUAAAGUGAGAAGGCGAAACAUCCCCUGCAUGGGGUUGUGCGCUGGGUUUGGGACCCGCCAGGUAACAAAAAACCCCCAUUGAAAAACCACCAACAGCCUCAGAUGAGAGACCCCCCUUUUGAUGACAACCAUGGCAAACGAAUUAAGGACUAUGAUUUGAGGGCAUGCACCUGGAAUGUCCGGUCCCUUAAUUGGGAAGGUGCCACUGCCCAGCUGGUUGAUGUCCUCGUGAAAAUAAAGGCUGACAUCACCGCCGUCCAAGAAAUGCGAUGGACGGCACAAGGACAGAGACGAGUAGGUCUUUGUGACAUUUACUACAGUGGCCAUAUAAAGGAGCGCAAGUUUGGUGUUGGAUUCGUGGUGGGAGAGAGACUCCGUCGCCUAGUACUAUCAUUCACUCCGGAGAAUGAACGUCUAGCCACAAUCCGCAUCAAAGCGAGGUUCUUCAACAUAUCGCUGAUUUGCGCCCACCCCCCGAUUGAAGAGAAGGACGAUGUGACCAAAGAUGACUUUUAUGAGUGCUUGGAGCGCACUUAUGAGAGAUGCACCCGCCACGAUGUUAAAAUCGUGCUUGGCGACUUUAACGCCAGGGUGGGCAAAGAAGGUAUCUUUGGCACUACGGUCGGUAAAUUCGGCCUCCAUGAGGAAACAUCCCCAAAUGGGUUGAGGCUGAUCGACUUCGCCGGGGCCCGAAAUAUGGCUAUCUGUAGUACUAGAUUCCAGCAUAAAAAGAUACAUCAAGCUACCUGGCUGUCUCCGGAUCGAAAAACCUCCAACCAGAUCGAUCAUGUUGUGAUAGACGGAAGACACGUCUCCAGUGUUUUAGAUGUGCGUGCGCUCCGAGGUCCUAACAUCGACUCGGACCACUAUAUUGUUGCAGCCAAAAUUCGCACCCGCCUCUGUGCAGCAAAAAACGCACGCCAACAAACACAAGGAAGGUUCGACGUCGAGAAGCUGCAAUCACAACAGACAGCCGAACGAUUUUCUACUCGGCUUGCACUCCUGCUCUCUGAGAGCACUCGUCAACAACUCGGUAUAAGGGAACUGUGGGACGGCAUUUCAAACUACUUACGUACAGCUGCAACCGAAACCAUUGGUUUUCGGAAAGUGCAAAAGAACAGCUGGUACGACGAGGAGUGCCGUGUCGCAGCGGAGAGAAAACAGGCUGCCUACCUCGCAACGUUACGAUCGACCACAACACGUGCGGGAUGGGAUAGAUACCGAGAGUUGAAGAGGGAAGCGAGACGCAUUUGCAGACAGAAGAAGAAAGAGGCCGAAAUGCGUGAGUACGAAAAGCUCGAUAAGCUGGCCGACAGGGGUAAUGCUCGAAAAUUCUACGAAAAGAUGCGGCGGAUAACUGAAGGUUUCAAGACCGGAGCAUACUCUUGUAGAACCCCUCAAAGUGAUCUAGCCACCGAUGCCCAGAGCAUACUUAAAUUAUGGAGGGAACACUUCUCCAGCCUGAUGAAUGGCAGUGUACGCACAACAGCAGGAGACGGCGAACCCGAUACCCCAAUCGAUGACGAUGGAGCAGGCGUUCCAUUGCCCGACCAUGAAGAAGUUCGAAUAGCAAUUGCCCGACUGAAAAACAUCAAAGCGGCAGGGGCCGAUGGAUUGCCGGCCGAGCUAUUCAAAUACGGCCUGAUGAAUGGCAGUGUACGCACAACACCAGGAGAAGGCCAACCCGAUACCCCAAUCGAUGACGAUGGAGCAGGCGUUCCAUUGCCCGACCAUGAAGAAGUUCGAAUAGCAAUUGCCCGACUGAAAAACAUCAAAGCGGCAGGGGCCGAUGGAUUGCCGGCCGAGCUAUUCAAAUACGGCGGCGAAGAGCUGAUAAGGUGCAUGCAUCAGCUGCUUUGCAAAAUAUGGUCGGACGAAAGUAUGCCAAACGAUUAGAAUUUAAGUGUGCUCUGCCCAAUCCACAAAAAUGGAUAUCCCACAAUCUGCGCCAACUACCGUGGGAAAAGCCUCUUCAACAUCGCAUAUAAGGUUCUGUCGAGCGUAUUGUGUGAAAGAUUAAAGCCCACCGUCAACAAGCUGAUUGGACCUUAUCUGUGUGGCUUCAGACCUGGUAAAUCAACAACCGACCAGAUAUUCACCAUGCGCCAAAUCUUGGAAAAGACCCGUGAAAGGAGAAUCGACACUCACCACCUAUUCGUCGAUUUCAAAGCUGCUUUCGACAGCACGAAAAGGAGCUGCCUUUAUGCCGCGAUGUCUGAAUUUGGUAUCCCCGCAAAAUUAAUAUGGCUGUGUAAACUGACGUUGAGCAACACGAAAAGCUCCUUCAGAAUCGGGAAGGACCUCUCCGAGCCGUUCGAUACCAAACGAGGUUUCAGACAAGGCGACUCCCUAUCGUGCGACUUCUUCAAUCUGAUGCUGGAGAAAAUUAUUCGAGCUGCAGAACUUAAUAGAGCAGAUACAAUCUUUUGUAAGAGUGUACAGCUGCUGGCGUAUGCCGAUGAUAUUGAUACCAUCGGCCACAACACCCGCGCCGUUAGUUCUGCUUUCUCCAGACUGAACAAGGAAGCAACGCAAAUUGGUCUGGCAGUGAACGAGGGCAAGACGAAAUAUCUCCUGUCAUCCAACAACCAAUCGUCGCACUCGCGACUUGGCUCCCACGUCACUGUUGACAGUCAUAACUUUGAAGUUGUAGAUAAUUUCGUCUAUUUAGGAACCAGUAUUAACACCACCAACAAUGUCAGCCUGGAAAUCCAACGCAGGAUUACUCUUGCCAACAGGUGCUACUUCGGACUGAGUAGGCAAUUGAAAAGUAAAGUCCUCUCUCGACGAACAAACGCCAAACUCUAUAAGUCGCUCAUAAUUCCCGUCCUGCUAUAUGGUGCAGAGGCUUGGACGAUGACAGCAACCGAUGAGUCGACGUUGGUUGCGGCUACGCUGGCUAGGUCAUGUUGUCCGGAUGGAUGAAAACACUCCGGCUCCGAAAGUAUUCGACGCAGUACCCGCCGCGGGAAGCAGAGAAAGAGAAAGACCUCCACUCCGUUGGAAGGACCAAGUGGAGAAGGACCUGGCUUCGCUUGGAAUAUCCAAUUGGCGUCACGUAGCGAAGAGAAGAAACGACUGGCGCGCUAUUGUUGACUCGGCUAUAAUCGCGUAAGCGGUGUCUACGCCAGUAGAGAAGAAGAAGAAGAGUUGAAAAAAAUUCAAAAUUUUUUUUUUAAGCACCCUAAUGUACCUACUUAUCUCUAGGGAAUUUGGCAAAUUGCCGAAUAUUAGUAUUUCGAAAAUAAUGCUUAUAUUUUCGUCAGCAUUGUCUCAAGCCACUAAAUUAAAUAAUUAAAAUUUAAUUACUUCCUUUGUCAGGACGGACCAUUUUGGAAUUCGGCCAGAGACAGUCAUAAAAAUAUUUUUCAAAUGAUAUGGUGAAAAGAAACGUAAACAAUGGGUAAUAUACGCUGGUAGAAUAUGUAUACGUGAACUGUAUUGAAAUAUUGUUAAUAGAUUUGUUAUCAAAAAUGAAUAAUCCUUAAACGGAUUUUCUUUUAUAUCUUCGAUCGAUUGAAAACGGAUUCCACGGUGCGGCAAUUCCAGUUUAAAAAAAAGAAAAAGCCACACGGAGCCAAAUCUGGUGAAUACGAUAGUUGAUCGUUGGUGUUUAUUGCGUUUUUAGAUUUAAAUUCGGUCACAAUCGUACUCUUUUUGAAAGAAAUUAGCUUUAUCGGAACGAGUCGAGCAAGAAUGCGUUUUAUACCCAAAAUAUCCACCAAAAUCAUUCGAACAGUCUCUAUCAUAUCCAUACCUUAACUUGUUUAAUAUUUUCGUCAGCUGAAGAGGCCAAAAGUCCAGAACGAGGCAUAUCUUAAACGAUCUAUCGACCGUCUUUAAAGGUCGAUACGCAUGUAUGUUUGCAUGUGCUUUUGAUAAAACUAAAUCAACAUUCGAAAUGAUUUCGCACACGAAAUUUGGUUAGAAAUACAAAAGGUGAGACAUAUUCUUUGUUCGAUAUUUUUAUCUAUUGUAAAAAUCGCAAUGCACUACUGAGGUGUACCGACUUAGCAGCUGUUCUAAACAAACAUAGUAAUUAAAGACGGUCCAAUUUAGCCAAAAAACAUAUUUUUGAAAUAUCAUUUACCCGAGGUAUUUAAAUUACAAUUUCGGGGUCCUUUUUUGUAGCAAUGUAUACACAAAAUCGUCAAAACAUAAAUUGUUGAAUUCAGUCUUUUCAAUAAUGGUGAUCUUUUUAAUAUUCUACAAAAUAAUACUUUUUUAUAAUAAUAUUUUAUUUUAUAUUAAAAAACGCACAUAUUAUUUAAAUUUUGAGAUACAAUUAUUUUUAUAUCUCUUUAUUAAUUUGUGGUGCCUUUAGAGUUUAUGACAAUUUUAACUCUCUUUGUGAUGGAUUCGUUUAAAGCGCUGAAAUAUUCAGUGAUUACUGCUUUGAGUCACACUUCUAUUGUUGUUUCAGUUCUAGCAACGUUUUGGAUUUCUUUUUGCGCAUUUUAUAGUUUAUUAGGUCCUUACUCUCUAUUGGAUUGAAAUCCGGAAGCUUAAUUCCAAUUCAAUGAAGAAAUGCCCAAAUCAUCCUUUAAUUUUUUAAUAUCAAAAUGAACGAAUUAACUUGAAAAAUGACGGUUGUGAAAAAUCUUUAUUGCCAAACUUACCGAGCGAGUGCGAUAGCAAGAUGCAGAAUUAUUCUCUAAAAUAGGGAUAAAUAUAAUUUCGGUUAGGGACAUCAAGCUGGGUCCGAUAUAAUAAAUAUUUGUAAAUUUCUUAACGUUCACUGAGCUCUACAAUUAAAAUUGAUUCCGGUUUGAUCUUGAAAAUUCAUCUAUACCAUUAUGUAGGAAGAAUGCAAUUUUCUGCAAAUCCUUCACCAUGUCUGCGACGAACUGCUUGACAUCAGGUGCAAUAAGAUUAAACUUUGACUCGUCGGAAAGCAUUAUACAUUUUCACUUGGUUUGCGUCCAGUUAAGUUUAUUUUUAACCCAGCUUAACCACUUCUCUUUAAUUUUUUUGUUACGAACGGCCUCUUUACAGGUUUUCCACUUAGUAUUCCCAUCUCGCCAAGCCGAUUUUAAACUACGUGGCGCCAAUUGGAUACUCCAAGGGUAGUCAGGUCCUUCUCCACCUGGUCCUUUCAGUGGAGUAGAGGUCUUUCUUUUCCUCUGCUUCCCCCGGCGGGUACAGCGUCGAAUACUUUCAGAGCUGGAGUGUUUUCGUCCAUUCGGACAACAUGACCUAGAUAGCGUAGCUGCUGUCUUCUAAUUCGCUGAACUAUAUGAAUGUCGUCAUAUAUCUCUCACAGGUCAUCAUUCCGUUUGUUUGAUGACAGGAGAUAUUUCGUCUUGCCCUCGUUCACUGCCAGACCCAUCUGCUUUGCUUCUUGUGCAGUCUGGAGAAAGCAGAACUAACGGCGCGGGUGUUGAGGCCGAUGAUAUCAAUAUCAACGGCAUAUGCCAGCAGCUGUACACUUUUAUUAAAGAUUGUACCAGCUCGAUUAAGUUUUGCAGCUGGAAUUAUUUUCUCCAGCAGCAGGUUGAGGAAGUCGCACGAUAGGGAUUCGCCUUGUCUGAAAUCUCGUUUGGUACCGAACGGCUCGGAGAGGUCCUUCCUGAUCCUGACGGAGCUUUUGGUGCCGCUCAACGUCAGUUUACACAGCCGUAUUAGUUUUGCGGGGAUACCAAAUUAAGACAUCGCGGCAUAGAGGCAGCUCCUUUUCGUACUGUCGAAAGCAGCUUUGAAAUCGACGAAGAGGUGGUGUGUUCCGUUUCAUCUUUCACGGGUCUUUUACAAAAUUGGCGCAUGGUGAAUACUGGUCUGUUGUUGAUUUUCCAAGUCUAAAGCCACACUGAUAAGAUCCAAUCAGUUUGUUGACGGCGGCCUUUAAUCAUUCACAUAGUACGCUCGAUAGAACCUCAUACGCGAUGUUAAGGAGGCUUUUCCCACGGUAGUUGGCGCAGAUUGUGGGAUAUCCAUUUUUGUGGAUUGAGCAGAGCACACUUAAAUUCUAAUCGUUGGGCAUGCUUUCGUCCGACCAUAUUUUGUAAAGAAGCUGAUGCAUGCUCCUUAUCUGUUCUUCGCCGCCGUAUUUGAAUAGUUCGGCCGGCAAUCCAUCGGCCUCCGCCGCUUUGUUGUUCUUCAGAUGGGUAGUUGCUAUUCGAACUUUUUCAUGGUCGAGCAAUGGAACGUCUGCUCCGUCGUCAUCGAUUGGGGAAUCGGGUUCGCCUUCUCUUGACGUUGUGCGUUCUCUGCCAUUCAGCAGGCUGGAGAAGUGUUCCCUCCAUAAUUUAAGUAUGCUCUGGGCAUCGGUGGCUAGAUCACUUUGAGGGGUUCUACAAGAGUAUGCUCCGGUCUUGAAACCUUCAGUUAUCCGCCGCAUCUUUUCGUAGAAUUUUCGAGCAUUACCCCUGUCGGCCAGCUUAUCGAGCUUUUCGUACUCACGCAUUUCGGCCUCUUUCUUCUUCUGUCUGCAAAUGCGUCUCGCUUCCCUCUUCAACUCUCGGUAUCUAUCCCAUCCCGCACGUGUUGUGGUCGAUCGUAACGUUGCCGCUGCGACACGGCACUCCUCGUCGUACCAGCUGUUCUUUUGCACUUUCCGAAAACCAAUGGUUUCGGUUGCAGCUGUACGUAAGGAGUUUGAAAUGCCGUCCCACAGUUCCCUUAUACCGAGUUGUUGACGAGUGCUCUCAGAGAGCAGGAGUGCAAGCCGAGUAGAAAAUCGUUCGGCUGUCUAUUGUGAUUGCAGCCUCUCGACGUCGAACCUUCCUUGUGUUUGUUGGCGUGCGUUUUUUGCUGCACAGAGGCGGGUGCGAAUUUUGGCUGCAACAAUAUAGUGGUCCGAGUCGAUGUUAGGACCUCGGAGCGCACGUACAUCUAAAACACUGGAGACGUGUCUUCCGUCUAUCACAACAUGAUCGAUCUGGUUGGAGGUUUUUCGAUCCGGAGACAGCCAGGUAGCUUGAUGUAUCUUUUUAUGCUGGAAUCUAGUACUACAGAUAACCAUAUUUCGGGCCCCGGCGAAGUCGAUCAGCCUCAACCCAUUUGGGGAUGUUUCCUCGUGGAGGCUGAAUUUACCGACCGCAGUGCCAAAGAUACCUUCUUUACCCACCCUGGCAUUAAAGUCGAAUCAUUUAACUCAGCAUUGAGAAAUGCAGUUACAGCAUUCGUUUGAUGGACUAACAGGUCUUUCCGUGCAGCUAAGACCAAUGAAAAACGUAAUGACGUGUAUCGAAUUACAGGAGCAAACGUUUCUUUCUAAUUAAAACUUUUUUUCUAAUUAUACCUUACCAUUCCCGUACCUUUUGGUUAUGAAUACCCAUCUAGAUUUAAUGGCUUUCUUACCAACAGGUAAUUGUACUAAACACUCUAUUUCAGCUUGAACUGCCACUCUCCAUUCAUCUCAAUUUUCACUAGCCAAAGCAUCAGUUAAAUUUUGAGGAUCGUUUGAUAAAAAAUUAGUUACACAAAAUUAGAGCCAUAUUUCUUGGCCGCGAUUAUUUUCAAACGUCUUAAGAUAUGAAACGCUUCGCUUUUCACUUGGCACAUGCAUCAUGGCUUUACAGCCAAAAACUUUUAAAAACUUUAAGUCAGGUUUUUUACCAGUCCAUAUUUCAUAGGGACUUUUCGCGUGUGUCCCUAAAUGGAACUCAGUAUUCGCUGCCUAUGCCCAAGUGCACCGCACUUUUUCAAUAGUUGUUCUAUUUAGUGGUUCAGCAACACCAUUUUGCUCAGGUGUAUACGGUGAUGUUUUUUGACCUAAACAACUUUAUUUUGCGCGAACACUGAUUUUCGAUAAUUUUUUUGAAUUUUACAAAUUCAGCAAACACUUCUUAUUUGUGCUCUUAUGCGAAAAAUCAUCUACGAAUGUCAAAAGAAAACGAGCACCAGAAAACGAUUUUAUUGAAAAUGGACCAAUUACAUCCGAAUGUAUUAAAUCAAGAAAGUUUUCGCCCGCGUAACACGGUUUUUAAAUGAUGCACGCAUUUGCUUUCCGGUGGCUAUCAAAUUAUUAUUAUUUUGCAUUUAUCGCAUUCGAACACUACUUUGUUUCUAUCUUUCGUCAUUUGUCGUACCGAUAGCAAAUUCGCACAUAACUCCCACACAUACUCAACGUUUUUUACAACAGCAUUUGUAUUUAGUUUAUUGGCAAAUAAGCACAUAUUCACACCACCUUUUGAGAUAACUUUAAUUACUUCAUUAUUUGCAGUUAGAAUAUUAUUAUUUUCCAUCGGGACUUCAUUUACAAUUAUUUCAAGAUUUUUUAUCAUAUGCGAAGUAGCACCCGAAUCAGCAACCAUUCAGCUUUAUUACGAAUGUCGUGAGAAAGGAAAGAUGCGAAAAGAAUAUUUUUGUUUUUUGUAUUGUUGUAAUUUUGCUUAGUCUUAUUAGGACAAUCACGAACAAAAUGGCCAAUUUUUUAAAGAAUGCCAUCGAAACUCAUUAGAAUUCACUUUCGAAUUUGUUUUUUCUUUCGAUUUUACAUCUUGCAACAAAAGAUUUUUUACACUAUCGAUGGUGACUCUCUCUUUUGUAUUUUCAACGGCAAGUACGAGGGGGCGAAAUUCGUCCGAUAGACUUGCUAACAUUAACGAAGCUUAUCGUCUAUAUUGAGACCAGCGUUUUUGACUUUAAGGGACGUCAUCACAAAAACAUUCACAUAUUCUUGCACUGAUACAUAGUCGCUAAGCUUCAACUGUGGCAAUAUGAGAAGAGUCAUUAGGUUCAAACAUCAAGGUUUCUUCAGCUAAUGCAUGCUCACCACAACAUAUGAUUUCGCGUGGCGCUUCCAAAUAUAAAAGUUUUCACGUCCCUUCAAUUUUCGAAAGGGAAAGCCACCGCCUUUGUCGCCAUUUUUUCAAGCAAAAAAAAAUCUGAGAUCAGUACCAUUUAAAUACCUUUUUUUUUUUUAACUAAUUAAGCUAUAUUUAAUAAAAUUGAAUGAGCUUUAACAUGAAUAAAAGAAAAAUGAAUUCCAUACACUGAAAAAAAAAUUAUUUGAGUUUCUUAAUAUAGCAAAAUUCAUCAGCCACCCUGUACAACGGAAAUUGAGACAGAUGCCAGCAGUGAGAACCGAUUAAGUGAAUACCCUUAUCGAUCUCGCGUUCCUAUGCUUGAGUAAACUUCCUGGGGAUAUGAAAUUAGACUGGGGUCGUCGUCGAGUGACCAUCUCAAGGGUAGAUGUCGUGGCCCUCGAUGAAUGGCUAUUUGCGCUGGCAUCAUGUACAAGCCAGGUAACGCCACUUAAUCAAACCAACGGUAACGCUGCGGAAGAUAGGCAAAGAGUUUUCGUGCACGACGAAAUAUCAAAUGAGCUUAGCCCCACCAAAACGCGUAAAGAGGAAACUAAACAUUCCAUAGCUUGUUCUCUGUCCGACAAAGAGCACAAUCUUGCCGAUUGUCCAAACUUCCUAGCAAAGAGCCGAAAUGAACGCUGGCAGUUAAUCAAGGACAAAAGGCUAUGCAUUCGAUGCUUUACGUCCCACAUGGUUAGACGCUGCACCUCUAAGCAAGUGUGCGGAGUAGAUAAAUAUAGAAUGGUGCACAACCCACUACUACAUAGCCAAAAUGCUGCAGCAAAGACUAGUCGAGUAAAUACAAUCCUAGUUCAUCAACGUAAGUUCAGGAGAGCCAUUUUUCGUUACAUUCCGGUAAUAUUGUAUGGUCCUAAAGCCACAGUGGAGAUAUUUCCGUUGAUUGGUGAGGGACCAUAAUGCACAUUGAUGGACAGUAAAUUGGCUGAGCAGCUAGGUCUCGACGGCCCUGAUGAAGACUUGUGCUUAAGAUGGACGGGCGACAUAACACAGCAGGAGGUAAACUCAAAGGUUUUGAGCUGUGAAAUAUCUGCAAGAGAGAGAAACUAUAGACGUGUGCACAAUAUUCGAACAAUCUGAAGCAAUAUCUUGUUGGGAAGUUAAGUGUCCAUCUCGAAAAGGCUUACAUAAGAAAACUAAAUGUGUAGGAAAUAUCAAAAGGAGGCAAAUCUUGGUUUAUUCCAAUAUUCACAAUUGAGAACGUUAACAAAAAUAAAUUGAGAAUCGUCUAGGAUGCAGCAGCUAAGGUGAGUGGCACCAGUCUAAACGACGUAUUAUUGAAAGGACCCGAUCUUCUAAGAUCGUUGGUAGGUGUCCUAUUGAGGUUUCGUGAACGACCAGUGGCUAUCUGUGGAAAUAUUCGUGAAAUGUUUCACCAAAUUAGGGUGAGAGCAGAAGAUCACGUAGCACAGUAGUUCCUGUGGCGAAACGGCAAGAGUAGCAGACGUCCCAAUGUAUUCGCUAUGACCGUUAUGACGUUUGCGGCAUCGUGUUCCUUAUCUUUGGCAAAUUACAUAAGAGAUAAGAACGCUCUACGUUUUCAAAAGAUACUACCAAAUGAUGUGGCAACAAUUGUCGAAAAUACGUUUGUGGACGAUUGGUUGCAUAGUAUGGAUGAUGAGGUAGAAAUGAUUCGACUCGCUACUAACGUCAUCCAUUGUGAAGGCGGGUUCGAGAUGCGAAACUGGUUGUCGAAUUCUAAACGAGUUCUGCAAGCGCUCUCAAGUAAGCAUAAACCCGCAAAUAAAUGUUUCAUAGAGCCAGGAUCAGAAUUUCAAAAGGUUCUUGGUAUGUGGUGGUUAGCAACAAGUGACGAACUAACCUUUGUUCACAGGUUCAAGCCGGAUAAUACGCUGUAUUGAUAAAAUCCGAAUUCCAAGGUGCUACACUUUCGCAAAUCGCAGCAGCGACAACCAACUUCAUAUCUUUGUUGAUGAUAGCAUAUCAGUAUAUGCGGCUGUGGUCUUUCUACGUUCAAGUAUGGGCGACAAAGUUCAUUGCUAUCUUGUUGCCUCUAAUACACGAAUUGCUCCGUUGAAGUCACUGUCGGUGCCGAGACUUGAGCUGAUGGCAGCCAUCUUAGGACUUCCUCUAGCUAAGUUCAUAGUGUUCUGGUGCGAUUCAAAGGAUGUACUAUAUUGGAAUAGGUCUGACGCCAGAAAAUUCAACCAAUUUGUUGCUGCGUGGAUUGGUGUUAAUUCUAGAGAAUUCACAAAUCAACAAGUGGCAGUGGGUGCCAACGAAGGAUAACGUAGCCGACGACGGUACGAAAUGGCAUAGGAAUAUGGACUUUAAAAGCUCUGGGAGAUGGUUUACGGGCCCUGAGUUCCUAUAUCUAUCAGAAACUAUCUGGCCAACAUCCGAAUUCGAAGAGCCACAAAUUGUAACAUAAACUAUACAACACGUAACAAUUGAUUCUUCAAAAGAUAUUGGUGAUACGCAACCAGAUCCUACAAGAUUUAGUAAGUGGGAAAAACUACGCGCUGUACAGAUAUGCGUUCUUCGUUUUCUCCGUUUGACUAUGAAGAACACCGCGAGAAACACAGUUACUCAGACAAUUCUUUCUGAUAGCACCUGUACAACUGCCGUACUACUUCUCUUCCGCAAGUGCCAGGAAGAAUGCUAUGGCGAGGAGUUUGAUCAAAUAAGAAAAGGCGCGGUAGUAGAAAAAUCUCAAUCUACAAAUUUUCUCCAUUUAUAGACAAGCUCGGACUGCUACGCGUUAAGGGUCGGAGCGAAGAAGCAAGAGGAGUGAAAACAGAUCUCAAACAACCGAUUAUACUGAAAAAAAAAACAAUAUUGUGGCUCAUCUGAUCACAGAUUUCUAUCAUCGAAAGUUCCAUCACCACCAUAACGAGAUAGUGGUAAAUGAGAUGCGACAGCGAUUCUGCAUUAAUGGUCUGCGAGCUUUGGUGCGGAUGAUAUCUAAAGUAUGUCAACAAUGUUGUAAUCGGAGAACCACACCGAAUCCACCAGAAAUAAGAAAGUUAGCACCAGAGCUCCUCGCGUCAUUCACUCACCCCUUCGCUUAUACAGGAGUGGACUAUGUCGGACCCUUCGACCUGACGAUUGGCAGCGGGCAUGAGAAGGGUUGGGGAGUUGUUUUUACCUGCAUGACCAUACCUGUGGUACAUAUUGAGAUUUCUUCAUCACUAUCUACUGACUCAUUCCUCCUUGUUCUGAAAUUUUUUAUAUCACGACGAUGAGUUCCACGUCGAAUCUUCUCUGACAACGGCUCUAAUUUCAGAGGCGCUAGUCGUAUUCUGGCAAAUGAAAUCGAGAAAAUAUCAUCUGGCACACUAAUGGAAAUACCCCGAAUUUGAGUGGACUUUCAUACCACCAGCAUCAUCACAUAUGGGCGGAGUGUGGGAGCGCAUGGUACGAUCUAAAAAGCCAGUAUUGAUGGACAUAUUACCAAAAGAAGGUCUACGGGAGGAAGUACUGAGACUUUAGCCGAUGUCGAAAAUACUAUUAACUGCGUCCUGGACUGGAAUCAUACGAUAGCGCAGCAUUAACGCCAAACUAUUUCCUUCUGGGAAAUUCAAGUGGCAUAAGAGAAAAGGGUGAUUGCGAUGUAACCACUCCGUCGCUGCUAAAUAAGAGAUUUCGCACAUCUGGUGAGUUGGCUGAUCGAUUCUGGAAGCGAUGGAUUCGCGAGUACUUGCCAGGCCUAACAAGACGCGCAAAAUGGUUAGAAAAAACACCAGAACCCAUCGCUCCAAAAGACGUCGUAAUAAUUGUUGAUGUAAACAUGAAAAGGAACACUUGGACAAAGAGAAUAGUUUUGGAUGUCAUAAAGGGCAGCGACGGACAAAUUAGAAGCGGCGUAAUCAAAACUUCCCAUGGCUUAAUAACGCGGCUAGUAGUGAAACUUGCGCGCCUAGAUCUGAAAGUGAACCCCACGUCAGAGUAUGGAGAUCACGGAGGGGGGGAAUGUUAGCGCGUAACAACCCUAAUUUUAUAAAAUGUUUAUACCUAAAGAAUGUACAUUAAAAUACAACUUUAAGGAUUUAUUAAAUUUUGAUUGUACAUUAAAAUGCAAUCAUGUAGAUGUAAUAUUUUAACGAACGAUCGUACGAUCGAAUUAUUGAAUUUAAAUAAAGUUCGAAUCGGCUUAAAAUAAGUGUUUUACUUCGCCACCCGCCAAUAUAAGCAUUUUCAUUAAAUGGAACUGAAAUAUGUUUAAAGAAAAUAUAUAUGUAUUAUGAUCACAAGUAUCUUUUAGAUACUUGAAUAUGUAUGUACGUAUAAAAGCCCACAACUUUAGAAAUGAUUUCGCAAUUGUAAUUAAAAUUAAUUUUACAACUGGCACCAUCACCAGUUUGACCACAUAUACAUACAUUGGUGUGAACAAAAUAGGAACAACAAUAGAGUAUUGUAAAGCUUUAAAAUGUACAGUUUUUUUUAUUAAAUAAAAUUGUUUUUAGAUACAAGUAUAAUUUAUAUAAUUUUUUCAGACAGUGAUCAGAAUUUCCCUCCAUACAAAGGUAUUUAAAAAAUGAUAUUAAUGCGAAACUCUAAAACUUGCAAAAUAUUUUUAACUCUUAUUGUUCACACAAUUGUAAAAUUCCGAUAUGAAGUAAAUUUCCGCUCUUUAAUUUGUGUACAAUGUCAGUAUUGCCGCAGCCAUCCUGCCAGUGAUAAAGAGAUGUCCAAUUCCUCUCUCACUGGAAGUGAGAGAACAAUUGCUAAACGUCAAAACCACCUAAACUUUGACAGUUGACUGGACUCUUGCGAAAAAAUUAUGUAAACGGAGGGAUUUGUUGCAUUGUUCAAAACCACUUUUAAAAUAUGUAAAACAAUGAAAAUUAAAUAAAUUUGUGAAAUUUAAAGUUAUUUGAUGGAACGUUUUGUAAUUUGAAGAUUCAUAAGGGGUAUUCUCUUGCUCUUGCAAGCAUUGCAGAUUUACAACGGCACAACAACAAACACACGCAAAAAAAUAUUUGCAAGGGCUGUGAAAUAUGUCAGACCAAAACCCAUGUAUAUUAGCGUGCAAUGUCACGCAAAAAUAAAAUUGCAACCCUGUUGUAGUUGCCAUUUUACAUAAAGACAUAUGACGUCGUUAAAUUGUUGAGAAAGGUAAAUUUUAAUUAUAUUUUAUAAUUUCUAUAUAAAUUAUAAAGUUUUGUUACAGUUUUUUUUGUUAAAAAUGUAUGCAGAAGGUGCGCCAAUUCACAAUAGCCAUGCACAAUAGUCAUUUACAAUAAAUUGACUGAAUCAGUCGCUCAUAUAUCACUAGAUUCUGCAAUGGGUGCUCUCGUGCCCUUGUAUAUUUCGGUGUAGUAUUUUUGCAAUCUGCAAUCUUGCAAGAGCAAGAGAAUACCCCU